AUUUUACUAUAAUUGUCUUUUUGACUUAGGAAAGUUAUUGGUUUUUGUAAUUGUACCUAAUUUUUGAAAGAUCGAUACUAUGCAUUUCAAUUAUACAUAGAAUUAUGUUGCUUAUGUUACUAAACGUUUGACAAAAUUUAAUCGCUCUAGCUUUGUGCUGUAUAUUUUCACUAUCAACGAAUCUAAUCAAAGACUAUAAAGAUAUGGACUUGAUUUAAGAGAGAAUACACAUUAUUUUAACCGAAUAAGAUGAAAGUCAAUAUUGAAACAAAAUGAGCGAUCAAAGUGAAACAAGAAACGUGGAAACAGGAAAGAAAAAAGAAGAACAUGAAAAGGAAGAUAACAGAAGAACGCAUUUGAACGACGACAUAACGAACCAAGAAAAUGUUAUCAGUUCAACAAACGCGAGUAUAGAUAAUCCGGAAUCUAGAUACCCACAUGUGGAACGAAAAGACAAAAAUACUGACGAAAAAUAUAAGAAAUCAAAAGAAAACGUAAAUGGAAAGAAUAGAAACGACUUUGUUGAUAGUGGAUUUGUGAAAAGACCUCAUAAAGUGGCGACAGGACAAGAAGAAAAUAUGAACGUCAAAGAUGAAGAAAUUAAAGAAAACAUAAACGAGAAGAACAAUCAAGACAGAAAGGAAUCUGUAUACAGUAGCUCUCCAAUACCAGCUGUUGACGAACACGAGAAAGACCUGCGCAAUGAACGGAGCAAACACAGUAGCUCUCCAAUACCAGCUGUUGACGAACACGAGAAAGACCCGCGCAAUGAACGGAGCAAACACAGUAGCUCUCCAAUACCAGCUGUUGACGAACACGAGAAAGACCCGCGCAAUAAUGAACGGAGUAAACUCACAAAAAAUCAGCUUACUGAGGCAAAGGAAACGAAUUGUGCAAACGAUAAUGAUGAAGAAAUCACUGACACCGGUAGAAGAAUAGUGCCUUACACUUGGAAGCAUGAACCAUUUGAACAACAAAAUAGUCGAAUAAUAGGGACAAUACGUAAUCUUGAACCAAUCACGACUCAUAUUCGAAUGGAAGAAAUUCAGUGGCAGAGGCUUUUGGAACGGAAGUUAACAAGGAAAAAUGACGAAAGGGAACUAGAACAAAGUUAUAGGGACGAAAUUCAAACACAGAUUAGAAAAAUAGAGAAAAAGAAAAAGACUGAUAAUUUAAUGCUUAAAAGAAGAAUGGUUGAAUUUGAAAAAAGACGGAGAGCGAACAAUUUUGCUUUUUGUCGAAUGUUACAAAGAAAGGAUAAAGAAUACCAAACGGAAAAUGAUGCGUUACAACAAAGAAUUCUUGAAAUCGAGAAACAAAAACAAAAGAACGUUGAAAAAUUGAAAAACAGAGUUAGUCACCUUGAAGAGACGAAACAACGAGAACAGGAAGCAUUUCUUCAUCGCAUGCAAGAGUUGGAACACAAAAGAGAAGAAGAGUUCGAAGCAUCACAAAAACGUUUUCAAGAAAUUGAAAAACGCAAAUAUAAUGAAAGAAAGGCUUGGCUUUUACAUGUCCAAAAGAUCGAAGGAUUAAAGAAGGAAGUUUUCAAGAGAUCCGUCCAGUCCUUCGACGUCGAACCCAGAGAAACAGAUACACAUGAACAAUCACGUGAUCAAGAUGUAUCACAUCAUCAAAAUAUCGUUAAGAAUGUGAAGGACCAAGCAAGAGUCAUGGAAACUGUUAGUAAUCGAAACACACCACGUGCCACUGCCUUAACGCUUCCUAAAAUACCAAAACGAGGUCUGAUAGGUAAGGUUAAAACGGAUGGAGCAAAAUCACGAAAGAAAAAAGAAAAGGAUUAUGACAAUUUGAGUGUUACAGCAACUGAGAAGUCUUUACAUAGUGGAAAUAUACAAGAUAAUUCAGAAGAUAUAAGGCAAAAUGUCACAGUAUCAAAUUAAACUGAACAUACGUUUCUAUAUCCAGAGAAUACCUUUAAAAAUUAUA